CUUUUAAGAAAGCGAGACUUAAUUAGUAAAGAAUUCUAUAAAUACAUAAACCUCCUUGUAAACUCCUGAAUGUUGUAUUGGCCAUUUCCUCUCUCUCUUUUUUUUAUAUAUUCUGCAAAACGUUAAACGCCCGACGAGCCCAAAUAAAAAACAGUAAACUCUAACCGACCCAAGAGAUUACUGAGCUACCGUAGCAAUGAUAGUGUCGCGUGUAAUGUAUGAAUAAAAGGAUGGUUACUUUAUAAUCAUGGAGAUACACAUGUGUAAGAUGAAUGAUUUCAUCAUUAGAAUAUGUGUGGUGGCUAUGGCAACCCCUUUUAAUUGUGUCAAUUGGUAUUAUAUUUAACUCCGUCAUUUCCAAACUUACGACAUUUUAUUUGUUCCCGAGCUUUUUGUGAUAAGUUUUUUUCUUUCUUCCUUUUAUCAUUUCUUUAUCCCUUUUCUCUUUCUCUUUCUCUCUCUCAUACUUCUCUGUCUGCGCGCAUAAUAUAUGCUUCACCUUGUGAAUCAAAGGUUUGAUAUAGUUACACCUGAAAGAUCGAGACCAUCUAGUCCAUCGUUAUCGCCCGCCGUUGUGACUCAUACAGUAGCCACAAGUCAACCACAGAGACGUUCAUGGGAAGCAUCUUCAGUAGACUUGAAUGAAUUAUCUAGACUAUUACAACAAAAUCCAAGGCCCAGGCCAAGAUCACAACUAUUCCAAUCAUCAAAACCCCCUUCACCGACAUUAUCAACCAACUCAGCCGAACCUACCUUUUGCUCAAACACAUCAAAAAAUGCGGUUGUACCGAUAUUAUCACAGCAGCAAAGAAGACCCAGUCUGAUUCAUAGACCCUCUAGUACAUGUUCAACUCCUUCACAAUUUGUAUUUAAAAAGCCAGAAUAUGAUGAAAAAUACCAUCAAACACACUUUCACAGACCAUGCAGUCAAGAACGAAGUAAAGAUCCCUUUUUAGCUUGGUCUGAUCUUAAAAGAUUUUUUGUACAACAACAACAGCCUACUUCACCUACUGGUUCCUCGACACAUUCUCAUGAAUCAGAAACAUUUGCUAAUCAAUUCAGACAAGAUAUUAGUGGAAGAUAUGGCACUUGGGGCAAAUAUAUUGGCAAAGGAGCAGGUGGCUCAGUUAGACUGAUAAGACGUUCAUCGGAUCAAAAGACAUUCGCGGUCAAACAGUUUCGAAAAAGAUUACCUCAUGAAUCAGAAAAGGACUACAUCAAGAAAGUAACAGCUGAAUUCUGUAUUGGUUCAACACUACAUCAUCCCAAUGUCAUCGAAACACUCGAUAUAAUACAAGAAGGACCUAAUUUUUAUGAAAUUAUGGAAUAUGCACCUAAUGACUUAUUUAACAUUGUCAUGAGCGGUAUGAUGUCUAGAGAGGAAAUCGCUUGUUGUUGGCGUCAAUUACUGAAUGGUGUUGAUUAUUUACAAUCAAUGGGAAUUGCACACAGAGAUAUCAAGCUAGAUAAUCUCGUAUUAGAUCACAUGGGCAUACUAAAGAUUAUCGAUUUUGGAUGCUCAACUGUUUAUAAAUAUCCUUUUGAAUCCAAUAUGACAUUAACCAAAGGCAUAUUUGGCUCAGACCCUUAUAUCGCUCCUGAGCAAUAUACCCAGCCUACGUAUGACCCCCGCUUAUCAGAUAUAUGGUCUUGUGGCAUUGUAUACAUCUGUAUGAUUAUUAGACGAUUCCCUUGGAGAGUGCCACGCCAAACAGAUCCUUCAUUUCGUGCAUUUGCCACCAAUCACAACCAACAACAAUUUAGACUUUUAAAAUUACUACCUCGCGAAGCAAGGCCUGUCAUGGCCGGCAUAUUAGAAAUCGACCCGAACAAACGACUUAAUCUUCAAGCUGUCUUGGCUGAUAAUUGGGUGAAAGAAAUUGAUGUCUGUCAAGUUCACGAACCAGGCAAACAUCACGUCCACCAUGUCCUCGUUUCUUCGCCUCCUAAUCUAAAUAGAGAUAAUCUGGUCGUCAUCACACCUGAACCACCUGGUGUCGUGGCUGAAAAAGAAAAGCGAAAGAGACAACAGAGUAGUAGACCUGCUUCACCUAUACCAAAAUAGCUUUUCUCUUGUACACACACAAAAAAGAACCCCCAUUUCAACUGUUGUAUUGAGCAAGAAAUAAAACACACACGCACGCACACAAGCGAAAGAGAGCGAUUAUUUAUGCAUAAUAUAUAAACUGAGGCCCCUCUAUAUUGGACAUAUACCUUUAUACCCUUGAGGAGCCUCUCUCAUAUAUAAUCGAUCCUUGCGUUUAUUUAUAUUGAUACAAGCAUCUCUUUUUGUUAAACAUCCAAAUACCCACUUUCUAG